UGAGCGCCCGAGCUCUGCCCGCCCCGCCGUGACCCGGGCGCUGAGUGGCCGCCGCGGCAGCUGGACACACACAUGGGAGCAGGCGACGAGGAGCGUCCUGUGUGGAGCGGGGCAGAAAGCAAGGCGCGAUUAACCCCGCGUGCAUUAAAGGCAUAUACAGCAGCGAUGACGAUGAAGAAGAUGUUGAGAUGUACGACCACGAUUACGACGGCCUGCUUCCUAAGGCUGGGAAACGUCACCUAGGGAAAACCAGGUGGACCCGUGAAGAGGAUGAGAAACUGAAGAAACUUGUGGAGCAGAAUGGCACAGAAGACUGGAAAGUCAUUGCCAAUUUCCUUCCUAAUCGGACAGAUGUUCAGUGCCAGCACCGGUGGCAGAAAGUAUUAAACCCAGAACUUAUCAAAGGUCCAUGGACUAAAGAGGAGGAUCAGAGGGUAAUAGAACUCGUGCAGAAAUACGGUCCAAAGCGCUGGUCGGUCAUUGCUAAGCAUUUGAAGGGAAGAAUUGGAAAACAGUGCAGGGAGAGGUGGCACAACCAUCUGAAUCCAGAAGUGAAGAAAACCUCCUGGACAGAAGAGGAAGAUAGAAUUAUUUACCAGGCACACAAGAGACUGGGAAACAGAUGGGCAGAAAUUGCAAAGUUGCUGCCUGGACGGACUGAUAAUGCUAUCAAGAACCACUGGAAUUCCACCAUGCGCCGGAAGGUCGAGCAGGAGGGCUACCUGCAGGAGUCCUCCAAAGCCAGCCUGCCCUCGGCAGCCACCGGCUUCCAGAAGAGCAAUCACCUGAUGGCCUUUGCCCACAACCCACCUGCAGGCCCACUCCCCGGGGCUGGCCAGGCCCCGCUGGGCAGUGACUACCCUUACUACCACAUUUCUGAGCCACAAAACGUCCCUGGUCAGAUCCCAUAUCCAGUAGCACUGCAUGUAAAUAUUGUCAAUGUUCCUCAGCCAGCUGCUGCAGCUAUUCAGAGACACUAUAAUGAUGAAGACCCUGAGAAAGAAAAACGAAUAAAGGAAUUAGAGUUGCUACUAAUGUCGACUGAGAAUGAACUGAAAGGGCAGCAGGCAUUACCAACACAGAACCACACAGCAAACUACCCCGGCUGGCACAGCACCACAGUUGCUGACAAUACCAGGACCAGUGGUGACAAUGCACCUGUUUCCUGUUUGGGGGAACAUCACCACUGUACUCCAUCUCCGCCAGUGGAUCAUGGUUGCUUACCUGAGGAAAGUGCGUCCCCUGCACGGUGCAUGAUUGUUCACCAGAGCAACAUCCUGGAUAAUGUUAAGAAUCUCUUAGAAUUUGCAGAAACACUCCAGUUAAUAGACUCCGAUCCUUCAUCAUGGGGUGAUCUCAGCAGUUUUGAAUUCUUUGAAGACACAGACAUUCUGGCUGGCAAAGCUACUUCAGGCAGAGCCGUGCAGCUGCAGCAUGGAGGGGCCAGUGCUUGUAGACCUCCAGGACGCCCCAUCUCAAACCUGAGCAAAACCAUGUCAAGUCAGGGCCCUCCUGGCUCACCAAAGUCCUUGUCUGCCUCGCAGGGCAGUGCAGCUCCGUGGGUCCUUCGCAAAAGGAGAGGGCAUGCCAGCCCCUUAGCCAGUGGCCCCAGUAGCACCUUGGGACUGGCUGACGGCAGCAGCUCAACUUCUAAGCACUCCCCUGUCAAAAGCCUGCCCUUCUCUCCCUCGCAGUUCUUAAACACAUCGUCCAAUCACGAAAAUCUGAACCUGGACAACCCUGCACUAACCUCCACGCCGGUGUGUGGCCAUAAGAUGGCUGUUACCACCCCAUUCCACAGGGACCAGACUUUCAAAACUCAGAAGGAAAAUCAUAUUUUCAGAACUCCUGCAAUCAAGAGGUCGAUAUUAGAGAGCUCUCCAAGAACACCCACUCCAUUCAAAAACGCACUUGCAGCUCAGGAAAUCAAAUAUGGUCCUUUGAAGAUGCUGCCUCAAACUCCGACUCAUCUUGUAGAAGAUCUGCAGGACGUUAUCAAGCAGGAGUCGGAGGAAUCUGCGAUAGUGGCAGGGCUACAUGAAAGUGCCCCUUUGCUGAAGAAAAUCAAACAAGAGGUGGAGUCUCCUACAGAUAAAGCUGGAAAUUUUUUUUGCUCAAACCACUGGGAAGGGGAAAACCUGAACACUCAGCUCUUUACACAUGCAUCUUCCAUGGAAGAUGUGCCAAAUCUUCUUACCAGCUCAAUUUUAAAGAUGCCUAUGUCAGAAGAGGAGGGCAGUUUCCACAAAACAUUUGCUGUACCUAGGAACCGGCCACUAGCUAGCCCACUGCAGCAUUUGAACAACGCUUGGGAGUCGGCGUCUUGCGGGAAAACCGAGGACCAGAUGGCCCUGACCGACCAGGCACGCAAAUACAUGGCCGCAUUCCCAACCCGGACUCUGGUGAUGUGAAAGGGCCGACGGACUUCUCCGGAGAAGCAUUAUGGUUGGCAAACACUCCUCGUUCGCUGGGAAGUCCCUGCUCCUCUGCACGAGGACUUUUCGUGAAUGGGAGAAGAGCCUAUCUUUGUUGUGGUACAACAGUUGGGAGAGCACGAAGUGCAUUUAGUCACUGAGCAUAUAUUUUCUUGUUGGAUUUCACCCAACUUAAGAGAAUUUUUUUUUUUUUUUUUUUUUUUGAGUGAAUGAACGAUACUUGCCUAAAUUAUUAGGUACAAAGUUUUAAUCAGUAAUUAAUGAUCUUAAGUGCAGACUUACAAUACAGGCAAUUUUUUUUGUACUUUCUGAGAUCAAGCAGAUGUGAUACACCAGUAUUGUUAUUUCAGUGAUGUGCUAUCCAGGGGUGGGGGUUUGUUUGUUUCUUUUUUAAUUUUUUAUAAUAACAGAGCAGGUACUCAAACAGAUGUAUUUUAAAUCACUGAACAAAAUGCAUUGGUGUAAAAUACUGAAGUAAAAAAGCAUUACUACACACGCUAGUCUGUGCAAAGGGGGAAAACUGAUCCAGUUCGUGAAUGCUCAGACAUCCAUUCCUCUUGAAAUACUCUUUCAAUCUGUUUAUGGUUCUAGACCAUUAUACGUUGUGUGUUUCUGUUGGGGGGGUUAAUUAGCUUGCUUUAAAAAAAUAUUACUGUAUGAAACAUAGAUUUAUAAGAAAAAUAUAUUUUUAUUCAGUAAUUUAAUUUUGUAAAUGCCAAAUGAAUACUGUGUUUUGCUGCUAAAGACCUUAGCGUGUAGACAUGCUGCUAGUGUAAAAGGAGCAGUAGAGCUUUAUAUGGGAAGAAAACAAAUGUUGAUGUUAGCUAAUUGACUAUGCACUAGCAUUUCAGACUUCUUUAUUUUAAUUUUUUUUUACAUCAUUUAUAUUCCCCCCCCCUCCCUUUUUUUUUUUUUAAAUUAAGCAAUAUUUUUGAACACUGUUCCUGGGAGAUUAUUAUUAUUUUUUUUUAAUUGUCUGAAUGUGUGGUUUUGUUUCACAUUGGUUCGUAACAGCAUGUAUUGCACCUUCAUAUGUUUGGGAGAACACUGUCUUCUUCGUGUUAUCUGUUUUGUUCCAUGUCUAGCUAAUUGUUCCCUACCUUGGGUCUUAUUUACUAAAUCAGGUUCUUAGAAAUACAUGGUUCUUUGUACUGCCAUACCAAAUCUUUAUCGGUAUGGCAAAACACUGAUUUUAUUUUAUUUUUUUAAUUGUCCUCUUUUUUUUUUUUUAUUUUUAAUAACAGCCUUUGAAUUUGCUGCCUUAAUAGCAUUUGGUGCAGCUUCACCUGCACUUAAUUUUUUAUAUGACAAUGUACUGCCUUGUAGAUAAAUAAAGUGUGUUCUUUUUUACUUAAACCCA